AUGAUUUCAGCAAUAAAAGGUUCCUUGUACACGAUUACAAUAUUUGUGGUCAGCGAAAUUCUCUAUCAGCUGUAUUCUCGUGGACGGAAACGCCGAGGUAGUCGGAGUAGUGGAAAUAAAACCGAAAGUGAAAGUAGAUUGAGCAGCACGUCGUUGCAAGUUCUGUUUUUUCCUGACAAAGAUGUGGCAUGUAGGGAGCAUUUUCUUACAGGAAACGGCUGUAUGAAAGUCAAUUGCCGGUUUUCUCACAACAAAACAUCGUUGAGUGAAUUAUAUAGACACAUGCUGGAUUGCCAGAAAACUAUGGACGUGUGUGUAUAUAUAAUUACGUGUAAAGACCUGGCAGACAUUUUGUCCAGACUUUUCAGAAGAGGAGUCAAAAUAAGAAUUAUCUCUGACAGUGAGCAGCUUCGUUCUUCUGGUUCACAGAUAUGGUCGUUAAGGAAAGAAGGUAUUCCUGUACGAACAAAUCCUUCAUCAUACUUGAUGCAUCACAAGUUUGUGGUCAUUGAUGAGAAAGUUCUUAUAAAUGGAUCUUUUAAUUGGACAGCACAGGCAAUAACAGGCAACCAAGAGAACGUUAUUAUUACCGAUGACGAUGCUGUGUCUUCCUUGUUUGUGGCAGAAUUUCAACGACUUUGGGAAGAGUUUGAUCCUAGUAGGCAAGGAGAUGGGAAAUUAAUUUAA